GUGGAUGGUCCCUGUGUUGCCUGUUUCAGCAAGGUCUUCGAUGCCAAGAACUGUAAAAGUGAACAGAAAUGAAUGAACAAUCAGACAAAAGCAGUUCCACUCACGAGGGACACACAGGUCAAAUUUCUCCUGAGAAAAACUGUCAGAUUGGACAAAAGCAACUGCAACAGAUAGAGCGGCAGUUAAAAUGCUUGGCGUUUCAAAACCCCGGACCACAGGUAGCUGACUUUAAUCCUGAAACAAGACAGCAGAAAAAGAAAGCUCGGAUGUCAAAGAUGAAUGAGUAUUUUUCUGUAAAAUACAAAGUUAGGAAGAAGUAUGACAAGAGUGGCAGGCUAAUCUGUAAUGACGCUGAUCUGUGUGACUGCCUGGAGAAGAACUGUCUGGGGUGCUUCUACCCUUGCCCCAAGUGCAACUCCAACAAGUGCGGGCCCGAGUGCCGUUGCAACCGACGCUGGGUCUACGAUGCCAUUGUCACCGAAUCCGGGGAGGUCGUCAGCUCGCUGCCCUAUCCGGUCCCUGACUAGGAGCUGUUGCAUGUGGGCUGGUUUGGUUCUCCUUCCUGACAGCCAAGCCAUCCUCUUUCUCCUGGGGGGUUAGAUUUUAGGGUGUAGGGAAGAUCCUGGGAAAGCAUACUGAAGACUUAUGUUCUCUGAAGCUGUUAGAACAAUGUAGCAGGGGCAGUCACUCUGUCCCGUCUCCUGUGUCAUCCUGCACGCCUUCACCUUGUACCCAGAGAAUGACAGUACGUGAUCUCAGCAUCGCCUCCCUGGGACACCCCCAUCUCUGCUUUCGGUGAACAAUCUCUUGCAUCUUUUACUACCUGAGACCAGGUGGUUUUAUGAUUUUCAGAAUUCUGCAGCUGGGAGCUUUUCUUACGUAGGACACAAAAUCCUGAACUUAUCAGACCCGCUGACCCUUACCCCAGUUCCAAGUUGGAAGUGCUCUCUGAAUGAAAAAUAGUCCCAUACCUCGUGAUUUUGUACCGUAUGUGCAUAUCUUAUUUUCUUAUUACUGUUUUGAUAAUAUUCAUAGUAAAUUUGGUCACACUU